AGGAAAUCCCGUCGGGACGAGAUGACGUUCGCUGGGACGAGAUCUUUCUCGGAAGCGCCUCGAGAGGAAGUGAUCUUGUCUUUUGUUGCGAUGUGAUCCUUUUUAGGAAGUGAUCUUGUGUGAUGAUGGGAUCUUGGCGUCUUUAAUGUCGUGAUGAAGACGGCAACAAAGCGGGGUAGAAAAUGGACGCGUAGAUAAUUCAUUACAGUUUACACCAAGAACGUAAAGGAGCGCCGACCUUCCUUUUGCUAUUUUUAGCUGCCAAGAUGAACAAUCCACUCACACCUCUCAUCAUCUGCAUCUUCGUACAGGCAGCAGAGGCUAAAAAGUACUGCUGGUAUUUUGAAGGUGGAUAUCCAAUAUACUUCAUAUGUCGGUCUUACGAAGACUGCUGUGGGAUGCGGUGCUGUGUGAGAGCGUUGUCCAUCCAGAGACUGUGGUACUUGUGGGUGGUGUUGAUGAUGGCAGUGUUGUUGUGCUGCGGCGUGGGUUUCUUCGUCCGUAGAAGAAUGUACUCCUCCUCACUGACCGACGAUCCCGUCUUCAACGUUUCUUUCACCAGACACCCUGCCAGCUCGCCAGUUUCCCAGCAGCCAGGACACAUGCAGGGCUUCGGCGUGAACGGGGUGGCGGGUGCCGACCCCUCGCUCACCACGACACACCCCGCUUACCUGCAGCAGACUGGCUCCGCCCACAUGAUGAUGGCCUCCUACCCGCCACCGCCCUCGUACUGCAACCACCCGCCGCCGUCCUACGAACAAAUCUUCCACAACGCUGACAAGAAGUAACGUCUGCGAUGAAAGCCUCAAAAAACGUUUGUUGUCCUCCAGAAAAGAGGAACAAUCGACAAAGCAAACAACCAAUUUUUUUUGUUCUGUUCCGACCAAAGAUGAGUUUCUAUUGACCCAAUCACUUCACUGUCAUCGUCAAUCAUCUUAAAAGUACACGAUGUAUAAAUCAUGUGGAAGUACACAAUGUAUCACAUCAUUGUGGAAUAAAAAGUACAACAUAA